CCAAGGGGCUUCCUGCAGCUGGAGGGACGGGCUGGCGGGAUUAUGGCUCAGGGUGCGGUGAUCCACGUGACCCCGGAGCAGCCCACCCAUGCCGUGUGUGUGCUGGGCACCGAGACUCAGCUGGAUGUCUACGGCUCUGCCCCCACAGGCUACACAUCCUUCAGCAUCAGUGCAUCCCCAGGAGUGGUCGUGAAUGUUGCCCACAGCCCUCCAGCCAAGAAGAAUACCACAGGUUCCUCCAAGUGGUCCCUGGACCCUGGCCUGGAAGUGAGCUUGAGGAUGAAAGCUGCCAGCAGUAGCACAGGUGACCAGAAGGUUCAGAUUUCAUAUUAUGGACCCAAGAUCAACCCCGUCCAAGCCCUGCUCUAUGUCACCGGUGUUGAAAUCUCCUUGAGCACGGACAUCACCCGCACUGGCAAAGUGAAGCCCAUCGGUGCCAAGAAGGGCCAGAGGACCUGGACCUGGGGCCCACGCGGGCAAGGCGCCAUCCUGCUGGUGAACUGUGACAGAGACAAUCCCAAAUCUUCCACCAUGGACUGCAAGGACAAUGAUGUGCUGGACAGCCAAGACCUGCAGGACAUGUCCCCGGUGACUCUGAACACCAGCACCCCCAGGGACUUCUUCACCAAGCACCGGCUGCUCCUCCAUGUGUCCAAGUCAGAGAUGGACAAAGUCAGGGUGUUUCAAGCCAGCCGCGGCAAACACAUCUCCAGGUACAGGGUGGUCCUGGGGCCCCAGCAGCCCAGUCACCCCCUGGAGCUCCCGGGCGGCCAACACAGCGUGGACUUCUACGUGGAGGGCCUCGCCUUCCCAGACGUCAGCUUCCCGGGGCUCAUUUCCCUCACCGUCUCCCUGCUGGACACGUCCAACCCGGAUCUUCCCGCCGCCCUGCUUUUCCAAGACAGCGUGGUCUUCCGUGUGGCCCCCUGGAUUAUGACCCCGAACACUCAGCCCCCAGAGGAGGUGUACGUGUGCAGGGUGCUUGAAAAUGAGAACUUCCUGAAGUCAGUGAUAGCUCUAGCCAAGGAAGCCAAGUGCAAGGUCACUGUCCCCUCCGAGGAGCAGAGCAACGAUGACCGGUGGAUGCAGGACGAGAUAGAAAUCGGCUACAUCCAAGCCCCACACAAGACCCUGCCUGUGGUCUUUGACUCUCCGAGGAACAGGGGCCUGAAGGAGUUCCCCAUCAAAUGCCUGCUGGGUCCGGAUUUUGGCUACGUGACUCGCGAAACCAAGACCGGAGAGGCUUCUACCUUCGACUCCUUUGGAAACCUGGAAGUGAGCCCGCCAGUCACAGUUGGGAAGAAGAAAUACCCUCUGGGCAGGAUCCUCUUUGGGGGCAGCAGCUACCCCAGCACGGAGAACCACGAGAUGAACCAGGCAGUGCAGGACUUCCUCAGCGCCCAGCAGGUGCAGGCUCCGGUGAGGCUGUACUCCGACUGGCUGUACGUGGGCCACGUGGAUGAGUUCCUGAGCUUCGUCCCAGCACACAAGAAGGGCUUCAGGCUGCUCCUGGCCAGCCCCAGGUCCUGUUACAGACUGUUCGAGGAACAGCUGAAGAAGGGCCACGGGGAAGCUGCGCUGUUUGAAGGCGUCAAAAGAAAAAACCAGAAAAUAAAGGACCUUCUGAAAGACAAGAAACUGAAAGAACAUAAUUCAUAUGUGGAGAGCUGCAUCGACUGGAACCGGGAGGUGCUGAAGCGGGAGCUGGGCCUGACCGAGCGGGACAUCAUCGACAUCCCCCAGCUCUUCAAGCUCCAGGAGGAGGUUAAAGGGACCUUCAAGGCCGAAGCCUAUUUUCCAAACAUGGCAUCAAGGGACCACACAGGAUUUUAUUUGGAAGAGGUUCUGUGGCUAAAACAAGGCAGGAGGGGGCAUCUUGACUACAAUUCCUUGGCCCCAGGCAUUUUGUUUCUCGGUGUUAGCCCCGCCGGGUUUCCCAGGCAGGAAAGAAGGCUGAUGCCUAGCAGGGGAUGAGGCAUGGGGAAUGAAGUCAUCGGCGCCGCUCUGUGCCUGGGCUGCUGGAGGCUCUGGAAGGAGCCUGAGCACGAGCUGUGACUCACCCCAGGAGCCCACAGUGAGAGGUCGGGUCGUGGGUGUGGCCGAGAAAUUCAGGGUACAAGACGCACAGCAGGGGCUGGGUCUGGACCAUAACAGAGAAUGAGAGGCCCGUCCCCGACUCCUGAGCCCCAGAGACAGACCCCACACCUGUUCCGUGAGCCUGACGUCUGAGCGUCACAGCAACGGAAACCCCCUUGGGCUCAUCUGGCUGAUGAGGCUCAGAGAGGUGAAGCGACUUGCCUGAGGUCACACAGCGGUUGAGGAGACGGGCUAGGAUGCAAACCCAUGUGGGCCUAGAGCCAGAAUCCUCCUCCGCUCACCUCCAGCAUAAGGGAGGAAACAGUCAUUACCUUAAACGAUAAUACAUGGAGAGUGACACCAAAAAGGUAGUCCUUUAUUCAUUCAGUCAACGGAUACUUACUGAGAGCCUGCGAUGGGCCAGGCGUCAGGCUGGCAGCCGCGGGAGGACCCCAGAGGAGGAGCACUGACUCGGAACUCACGGGAGGCUUCACAGAGGCCGUACAACUUGAGCUGGGCCUGGAGUGACGGAGAAUUUGCCAGAAGGUGGCAGAGGGGGAAGGAGAGGGUAGCGGUGAGAUCAUGGGCGCUGAAGUCCGACAGAAUUGGGUAUAAGACCCAGACCAGCAGGGCGGCUGGAGGUGGCCCACUUGACCUGUCUGGGCCUCUGUUUCCCCAUCUGUGAAGUGGGCUGCUAGUGCGGAAGGUCAGAAGGCAAAGGGGACCCAUGGGCGGGGGAUGCGGGCUGCAUGCCGUUGGCCCCGCGCUGGGACCCCGCUCCU